UGCAAUUUUUUAACUUUAGAAAGUUACUAUUUCUGUGAGCAUACGAGCUCAACUCAGUCUUCAAUGGCGUCAUCAUCUCUCACCGGUCAAGGCAAAUACGAUGUGUUCUUGAGUUUCAGAGGCGAAGAUACUCGCAAGAACUUUACCGAUCAUCUCUACGUCGCUUUAGAUCAGAAAGGAAUCUUCAUAGUCAGAGACGAAGAAGAACUCGAGAGAGGGACAGAGAUUUCAUCGGAGCUCUUGAAGGCCAUCGAAGAAUCCAGAAUUUCGAUUGUAAUUCUCUCGAAAAGCUACGCUUCUUCCACAUGGUGCUUGGAUGAGCUUGAGAAAAUUGUUGAGUGCAGGGAGAUGAAGGAUCAGAAGGUUUUCCCGGUAUUUUACGGCGUUGAUCCAUCGGAAGUACGGAAACAGACGGGCGAGAUCGGAAAAGCUUUUCUAAAACAUGAAGAAGAUAUCGAUAAGGGGAGGAUUAAACGGUGGAGAUCGGCUCUCAAUAAACUUGGCAACAUCUCUGGUUAUCAUUUGCAGGACAGACAUGAAUCACAUUUGAUCAAAAAAAUUGUUGAGGAAAUAUCAGAACAAUUAAAACAAAUUGGAGUGCUAUCAAGGACAUUUUUUGGAAUGGAAGCUCGUGUGCAUAAAUUAAUAAAUGAUUAUUUACAGCUAGGAUUGGAUGAUAUUCGCUUCAUUGGCCUAUGGGGAAUGGGAGGAAUAGGUAAAACUACAACUGCUAGAGUUUUAUAUGAGAUGCUUUCAGAUCAGUAUGAAUAUAGCAGCUUUGUUGCCAAUGUUAGAGAAGUCUCUGGAUCAAUAGGUCUAGUUCCUUUGCAAGAACAACUUCUUUCUCAAGUCAUAAAAGAAAGAAAUUUAAGAUUAAGUGAUUAUUAUCAAGGAGUCAAUUUGAUAAGUAAUCGGCUUCGUAGGAAAAGGGUAUUUCUUGUUCUUGAUGAUGUUGAUCAAUUAGAACAAUUGGAAGCAUUGGCUGGAGAGCGUGAGUGGUUUGGUUCUGGGAGUAGAAUCAUCAUUACAACUAGAGAUCAACAUUUGCUUGUAAGUCACGGUGUAGAAAAUAUACACAUAUAUAAGGUUGAAGCAUUGGAUGAUAUAGCAGCUCACAAGCUCUUUCAUUCAAAGGCAUUCAAAAACACGAAACCCUCUGCCAUGCAUGAUGCGCUUUCUUUAAUGUUCGUAAGAUAUGCACUGGGACUUCCAUUAGCUCUCAUAGUGUUGGGAUCCUAUUUGUGUAAUAGGAGUGUUGAGGAAUGGCAAAGCGCCCUGGGUAGAGUACAGGAAGUUCCAAAUGAAAAAAUUGGAAAAGUACUAAGAAUAAGUUAUGAUGCCCUAAAUCAAAUAGAUAAAAGAAUAUUUUUAGAUAUCUCGUGUUUCUUUAAUGGGAAGAACAAAAAUCGGGUCAUGGAAAAGCUUGAUUGUUUUGGUUUUAACCCAGCCAUUGGAAUAAAAGAACUCAUUGACAAAUCUUUACUAACCAUCCAGAAUAAUGAAUUAUGGAUGCAUGAUUUGGUACAACAAAUGGGUUGGGAAAUUGUUCGUGAGCAGCAUCAUGAUAACCCUGGAAAAUGGAGUAGAUUAUGGCUGUCCAAGGAUAUCUAUCGUGUUUUACGAGAAAAUAUGGGAACAGAUGCAGUUGAAGGCAUGAUACUAGAUCAGCCGGAAGUUGAAAUUACAAACUUGAAUGGUAAAUGCUUGUCUAACAUGAGAAAUUUGAGACUGCUAAAAAUCAGUAAUGUGCACAUUUCUGAUGACCUAGAGCACCUAUCAAAUGAGUUGCGAAUUCUGAAAUGGCAUAACUAUCCUUUAAAAUCUUUGCCUUCAAGUUUUUAUCCAGAGAAUCUUUGUAAGCUCAGCAUGUGUUAUAGCCAUCUCGAACAUCUUUGGAAUGGAAUAAAGGCAUUUGAGAAGUUGAAAAUUAUUAAGCUUAGUCACUCUUACAAUCUUAUUAGAGCGCCAGACUUCACACAAAUUCUGAAUCUGGAGAGGCUUGAUGUUGAAGGGUGUAAAAGUUUGGUUGAGGUUCACGAAUCCAUUGGCCUUCUCAGAAGGCUUGUGCUAUUGAAUUUGAAAGAUUGCCAGAGUCUUGUGAGUUUGCCGAGUAGCGUCUGCAGCUUGGAAUCUCUCAAGAUUCUGAAUCUCUAUGGCUGUUCAAAACUCGAAAAACUUCCCCAGAACUUGGGUAAAGUCAAACGGUUGGAGGAGCUAAAUUUAAGUGGAACUGCAAUAAGAGAAGUGCCAUCCUCCAUUACUCUCUUGACAAAUCUCCAAAAACUCUCUCUCCGUGGAUGUAAAGGGCAACAACACAGAACAUGGACUUUCUCCAUCUGGUCAUUGCUUUUGCCCAAAAGAAAGCAAGAGUCCAUGUGUUUAUCACUCCCUAAUUUGAUAGGUCUGAAGUCUUUGACUAAAUUAGACCUUAGUAAUUGCAAUCUCUUGGAAGGAGCAAUCCCCAGUGAUCUUUGUUUUUUAGUUUCUUUAGAAACUUUAGAUUUAAGUGGAAACCAUUUUAUUAGCCUCCCAUCCAGAAUGAAUCAGCUUUCUAAGCUUAGAAAUCUUUCAGUGAAUAAUUGUCAGAGGCUUGAGUCAUUGCCAGAGCUUCCAUUUGGAAUAUUUUUUGUUGGAGCACAAGCUUGCAUUGCAUUGAAAACAUUAUCCAGUCUACCAAGUUCAAGUACUUCUGCAAAUAUCUUGUCCCAUUUUUUCAGUUGCUCCCAAAUGGUUGCAGAUCAAGGCGCCUGGACUGACAUCACGCUUGCAGUUAUGUUCCUGAAACUACGACUUCAGGAACUCUCUAAUCAAUCAACUCAAUUUCAUAUUUGUCUUUUCGGUGGCAAAAUUCCAGAGUGGUUUAGCUAUCAGAGUAAUGGACACUCAGUAAGAUUGCAACUAUCUCCACAUAGGUACAAUGAUAAUUUCAUGGGAUUCAUUCUUUGCAUGGUGUUUUCAGAAUCUGAUUGUUCAGACCAAAUCUCCGAGGAGUCUCGACGUUUCUUUGAGAUUCAAUGUUUAUUAGAGAUUAAAUAUGUAGUUUCUUUCUCCUUCACCUUUCUCACCCCUAGUUCUCCGCCUAUUGAGUCUGAUCACCUUUGGCUAGGAUAUAUUUCAGAUACAGAGUUUCAAUAUAUUUCAAAAUGGAAUACUUGGUUACAUGAAUUAAAGCAAGCUUUCAAGUCUACAGACAUGGUAUGGAGGGAUGCAGUGUCCCUGUGAAAAGGUGUGGUAUUCAUCUGCUUUACAAAUAGGAAAAUAGAAUAAGACUUUAAGAAGUUAGAAAGUAAUCAAGCCAAAUCACCAUUGUAGACCUUUUUCUAAGGUUUUCCGUGAGUGACAAGUGCAAAACUCGACAUAAUUUGUAUAGACUUGUAUGGGAUAACUCUUGAAUUAUUUCUCUAGAGAUUUCUAACAUCAUUAGCAUAA